AUUUUUAUUGCGUAUCUGCGAUGGUCGACGCCCAGGCGCAGGAUUGGGGAUUGAUUGACGAAUCGAAUAUUACAGGGCUCAAAAAUGACAUACCUAUGUUUCGUGGAAGAAGGGAAGAGUAUAGCCGUUUGAACUCAGUCCUUGGGACUCUACUGCAAAUGAAAACAUUUGCGACAGAAAAUCAAGUACGUGUUCCUGGGUUGCCAAGAUUGCUUGAAUUGUAUUCUAUUGCCGUUGAUCAGGGAAAACAUAUACGAAAACAAAGCUGGUGGAAGAGAAUUCGGAAAAUGAGGGAUUUUGACGGCAGUCAGGAGGAAUUCAAGGAAAAUUGCGAAGCAAUUUGGAUUCUCGCUCAUCAAACGUCCCUUAUCGUCCAUAAAGAUGCAGAGAAAUCGAAAGCGAGGAUUGCCCGAGAGUCCAUUCAACGACGCAGAUCCCUCGAUGGACUAGUAGACCAAGCUGAACCCGACCUCGUUCAGCGACACAAUCAACAUGGUGACACUGCGAUGAGAUCUACACCUCCCAAUACUGGAGUAGUCGCACAAAGCUCGAGUAUAACCACUAAUACGCUCUCGGAGGAGACAAUACGAAAUAUUGCUGAAAUGAGCGCCGCAAAGACGUUGGAACGGUUCAUACUUCAUGGCAGACCGCCUGGUGGGAUAUUACAAAGUGUCAACCACUUUCAUGGAUGCAUCGUUAGCCCCAGCAGAGGGGCUGCACCCACAGUGAAUUUCGGAGGGAGGAAUAAUAGAGGAGCAGCCAUGAAUACAUAUCCCACAGAAGUAUGGAGUGGUGCAGAUGACAUCGAUGGCACAAGCGACGACGAGUCACAUUAUGAUACUGCUACUGAUGCGACACGAUCGGGUUCUGAGCGACAUAGUGGCUCAGCCAUAUCUUUAGGAGCGCAGAGCAUGCAGUCCCCUGCGGGGGCAUCCAGGUCACCAUCAGGCAUAUGGUAGUUAGAGUACAGAAAGGCUAACUUACUUGCCAUUGCCCCACAUCCGUCCCCUCACGGAAGCAAAUAUCAAUCGACGACGACGAAGAUCCGCAUCAUUCGGCAUUGUGAGAAAUCUGUGCAUCACAUAUUGUAUUUUCUUUAGCAAUCGUUUUUGUUAUUUUGCAGACAGCGGCACCGGCACUCUGCAGGAACAGGCCGCGGUAUAACGGCCUUGAACAUUUUGCUAUGUAUCAAUAACAUUGUUCUGUUUUUGCAGCAUAAGAGUCACUGCCUUCCUGACAGUCAC